UGCAUGUUGGUUGUCAAACUGUUCUUCCAAGAGAGCUCCUCAAUGGCAUGAGAAACAGGUCACAAGUGCUGUGUUGCUGCCUGGGUAGGAGCUAUUGUUCCUACAGUGACUGUUGACAAAUUGAUAGGGAAACUCAAGCUGACUGGACAGGGUAUAAGUUCCCCUGUCCACACACCAGGUCCCCUUCAGAUGCAGAGUGGAAGAGAUGAAGGUGUUCACACCAGCAGCGCUCAUCCUGCUCUUUUUCUACACUGUGGAUGCAGGGACACGUGAAUACACUUCUGUCAUCACUGUGCCCAAUGGAGGCCACUGGGGAAAGUGGGGCAUUCGGCAGUUUUGCCGCAGUGGCUACGCCAAUGGAUUCGCGCUGAAGGUUGAGCCCUCCCAGUUUGGCAGAGAUGACACAGCUCUGAAUGGCAUACGGCUGCGCUGCCUCGAAGGCUCAAUCAUCGAGUCCUUGGUGGGGAAAUGGGGUACCUGGACCAGCUUCCUAGUUUGCCCUACAGGCUACUUGAUCUCCUUUUCACUGAGAACGGAGAAGUCUCAAGGAGGAGGUGAUGACACAGCGGCCAACAACAUCCAGUUCAGAUGCUCGGAUGAAGCUGUUUUAGUAGGUGAUGGACUAUCAUGGGGAAGAUUUGGCCCAUGGAGCAAAAGAUGCAAAAUAUGUGGUCUCCAGACAAAGGUAGAGCCACCACAGGGAUUUCGGGAUGAUACAGCGCUCAACAAUGUGAGAUUCUUCUGCUGUAAAUGAGCACUUGCCCUGUCUUCAUCACUGUCCCAUACAUCCCACAUCGCACAUCGAAUGAGACGUCAUCAAA